AUGAUGGACGAGACAGCCACGCCGCAGCCCGGACGGCUGCUACCCGAGGCUCCGACGCCUAUGCUGGCCCGCAAGUCGUCGGACCCAACGGGCCUCGUGACGUCGCCGCGGCGCCGACGUGUUCCGCGGAGCAGCAAGCGAGCGCUCUUCUCCCCCGAGACGCCCAUUGCGUUGAAGCGCUGCUCCGACCUGGUCAACGACGAGAACGCGUACGAGCAUGGGCCGGCGCGAAAGGCGCCACGCCGGCUUGCGCUGUUGAGUGGCGAUGAGAUAGCGAGUCCUUCACAUCCCAAGUUUGCACGCUGCAACUCGGCGCCAGUGCUGCACGGUGUACCUUUCAAGCCGUACGAGCCGAAGCUGCCAACAGUCCGAUCGUCGCAGCAUCCUGACCUGCACGUCAUUUCGCCAACCACCGCGCUUGAGGUGUUGCAAGGCGUCCUCCCAGCCUCGUUACAAGGCGCUCGCUUCUUCGACUGCCGCUUUACGUACGAAUAUGAAGGCGGGCGACUUCGAGGUGCCACGUCAUUGCCAUCGCCAGACGAUGUUGAGCACGUCUUCUUUGCGCCGUCGCUCGCGCAAUCGACGACAACCGCGCUCAUCUUUUACUGCGAGUUUUCCGCGAAACGAGCGCCCGAAAUGAUGCGGCACAUACGGCGCCGCGACCGCUGCCUCCACGCUGCCACGUACCCCGAGCUGUUGUACCCGGAAAUGUACUUGAUCGACGGAGGCUACAAGCACUGCUUCGCGUCGGCACUGGCUGUGUGUGACCCGCCCACGUACACGUCCAUGAACGACCCAGCGCACGCCGAGAGUGGCAAGGCGGCGAUGCAGCUCCUGCGCCAGCGCUGGAAGGCCCACCAGUCGCCCGCCAGUCUCCGGGUCGUAGGCCAUCAUGGGCAGCAUCGAGACCAGUAG